UCCCUAAUUUUUUAUACUAAAUCUCCAUUAUAUUAUAAUAUAAUAUUAUAGGUGAAACGAUUAUUGGAAAAUUUGUGAUAUGCACACAUGUAAAUUAUAAUGCGCAGAAUCCACAGAAUAUUAGAACCAACCCCCACUAUGCUAUCCGCGUGCGUUGUAUCUGCUGACAGCCCUUAUCGCGUUUUCACCCCCUUGGUUUGGUGAAUGGUGCAGACGAUUCGGAUCUCUCGGCAUCCUCUAUACGUUUAUCAAAUGUGGUGGUGAAGUACAGAGUAAUAAUUAACGGCACGUGUUAUUAUAUAAUAGUCAAUACCAAAAAUAUAUACAAAAAAAAAAUAUUAAAAAAAUGAAACAAUUAAUAUUGAGCAAACUGAACAUGUUUCGGUACUAUUAUGCUAUCGUUCUUCAUUCUCAGUGAUUUAUUGAUUUAAAAAAGAAAACAAAAUUGAUAAUAUACUGACGUGCAAUCGGCGCAAGUUGGUUUCGAUUCGCAUCUCUGACAUGAAAGUCGAUCAAUACGCCUUGUUCCUGCUUCACUAUUCCCCUAUAUACAGUCCAAUACAGUCUACAUUUCUUUCUACAUGCGUCUCGGUUGAAUAAUGCAAUGGAGAGCAUGUUUGCUCUCCACCAAAAGAGUCCUGCUGCUGUUUACUUGGGUGCUGUAAGACGUACUCAGAGUCAACACAACAACUCAUUGACAUGUUUACGUUAUUGAUUUGGAAUUAUUGGUAUUUAUGGGCUGGAAUAAUAGCGGGGCUAAUACUAGCCGCUAUAUGCGGUUGCUGGCUGUGGCAGGGACGAAAAACAAUAAGUUGCUCGAAUGGGAGUACAUCAUCAUCUGACAGAAGAUAUUCUUCAGCUGCGUGCUAUCCCCCCCCACAUCAUUACAGUCGAUGCAGUUCAUUCAUUCAAACUUUACCGCCACCAUACAAUGAAGUAACAGCAAAACCAGACCUUUAUCCUCUUGUUAUUGGAUUUGGUGAUGAAGGCAUGGGAAAAGGACCCUCAAGUUUUGUAAUGCGAUACUUUCGAACACUCUCUCACACAAGUACUCUUGAUUCAUUGAGUUCAAGUUUUAUGUGCAAUGUUGUGAAUGAGGCAAACACAAUAAUUCCACCUCCUUAUUCAAUCGAUUCCUGUAACAACAGUAUCGAUGAGUUAUCAACAAUGGAAUGUGAAAGAGGUCAAAUUGCCGAUGCAGGAUCCUUUGUAUCACUGGCUAAUAACCAAACAACCUCUGACAUAUCGAGUCUGGCAGCACAAUCACCAUGUUCUCCGCCACGUGCUACGAGUCCGACCAUUGAAUUACGUGAACUACUUGAUAAAAUUCAACAAUUGCCGUCGCAUGAUUCUUCAAUAAAUCGUAUAAACUAUCAAAAUCGUCCACAAGCAUUGAAUUUUCUAGGAAUUCAAUCACCAAUACAAGAUUUUUACAGUCCCGGAGACUAUAUAAACAGCCGUUUACGGCGUACACGCGGAAAAACCUACAUGCCUCUUGGCCAUCAUCAGAUGACUACAAGAAAUAACAAACCAAAACGCUGGCUAUCAAGAUCGGCUCCAACAACCCCUUCUGGCACAAUGCCCAUGGCUUUCAUACCUGGUGUUCAUAAUCCACUGAGGCCCUCAGAUACUCAUAAUUAUAAUCAUCGUCAGCAGGUAAUUCCUUUGCUCUCGGAACAAGACGAGAACUCCGUUGCACAGAGUGCAGCUGGUUCUCAAUUUACCGAACAUGACGAACAAUUACAACAAUUAUGACCAUUCAUGUCAUAUUGUAUGUUAUAAAUAUUUCAUUUUUUAAUAAUAAUAAUAAUAAUAAUAAUAAUAAUAAUAAUAAGCUCAGAGGAGAACCUCAUCAAUUUUAGCAACUGCAACAAUUUUUUAAAUCAUUUUAUUCAAGACUGUUAUAAAUUCCCAGACGAGAAAAUUAUUUCUCAAUAUCAACAUAUAUUAUUGAGGUUUGAAAAAAAAUUGUCACUCGUAUUAUAGCAAGGUCAAUGGAUUCAAACUGCCCUCCAUUGGUGCCGUAAUUCUUUCAAUUCAAAUCUUUGAGCUCCUUCCAUGAGAGCACAAUAAAAUUAUGAAAUUUCAUACAUCGAGAAUGGAAUAAUAAUCACCUUGUUAUAUGUAAAAAAUGAAAAUAAUAAUAAUAAUAAUAAUAAAGUACGACGGAAAAAAAAUGAAAAGUACUUGUGAUUUUCGGCUCCUGAAUUGAUGAAUUUCCAUGUGCACAUUCUAUAGUAAUAUUGCAGUGCGAUUAAUAAAAACAAAAAACAAGAAAGAUUCAUCAAUUUCAAUUUGUAGGAAAAAAAAUAUAUAUAUAAGUGGGUAAAUAUCCAUGACAAUAUAGGUAAUUAUUAUUACUAUGAAUUGAAGUUUACUGCUCAGUGCACGAAUAACGCAGAAGGAACAACAUGAAUAAAUACGUAUAGAAAUGAAUAAUUUAGAUGAAGGAUAUACGUGCAUUAGGGACAUUGCACAUUAUUAUAUAAUGCUGUCAAAAUAUCACACAAUUGAAUGUGUAUUUCGUGAUCGCAGUUACCAAAAAAACAUAUAGUCGUAGAGCCAAAUGUACUUAUACAACCCUUUAGCUCUACGACGACGAUAAUGACAACAAUAUAGAUAAUAUAGAAUAAGUUAAAUGAUCAUCUCUUUCCGUUGGAAAGAUAAUGUUAUCGAAAUACCUGUGCGUCAAGUAUUGUCAUGUAUUUUUUUAUAAAUAAUAAAUCUAAUACUGUGAAAAAUGUAAUAAAAAAUAAAUUCAAGCUUUGAGAAUUUAAAAGUGAAUAAAUUAAUAGUGGAAUACUAA